CCCUCCCUCCACUUCCGGUGGUGAUUCGCAAUUAGCAACAGCCUGUAGCUAGCAGCAGCCUUUAGCUGAGGCUCUGCUCAUUUCAUCCAUCGGGCUCUCAGAGUGGCUUUCCGGCCUCCUCCUCCAGGUGGAUCCGACCGAACCCGUCCUCCUGUCGGCCCCGAGCUGCCAGCUACGCGCUAAGGCGGAGAAUUAUCAAGCUUCAGUCGUCGGUUCUUUUAGUUAGCAUCGAGCUAACAGCUAUCCUGCCGAUGAAAACAUCGCGAGGAAACUUCACUGACAGUUUGGGGGCCCCUAUACAUUUCAGAGACCCGUGACACAAUCAGCAGAGGCCCCUGCACUCCCAAAGGAGCCCCACCACACCCACAGAGGCUCCCUGCCGUCCCUCCAGAGGCCCUUCUCACCUGAGCAGGAACGCCUUAACUGGUCACGUGAUGCAAACUCCGUAGGGAGCAUCGGGUCUGACAUCUGCUCAGGCUACUCCAGGUCCCAGAGGGUCUCCCCUGUGGACGGUUGUGCCAGAAUUGGAUCAGAGCUCCGCCUUCAUGAAGCAGACCAGAACCAUGCUGACCUAGGAACCGAUUCCGGAGCCCCCAGAGUCCUGCUGUGACCGUGACCAUGUCAGAGAACCAGGCCAACAACAACAAUGUUCCUUUGAACAACAACAACAUGGGGCCCAACCGGGUCCGAAACCCCAACAUCAACCAGAACCCGCUCAUCAACGUCCGGGACCGCCUCUUCCACGCCCUUUUCUUUAAGAUGGCCGUCACCUACGCCCGGCUCUUCCCGCCGUCCUUUAGGAGAGUCUUUGAGUUCUUCAUCCUGCUAAAGGCGCUCUUCGUCCUCUUCAUUCUCGCCUACAUCCACAUCGCCUUCUCCCGCUCGCCAAUAAACUGUCUGGAGGCGGUCCGGGACCGCUGGCCCCGCGACGGCAUCCUGAGGGUGGAGAUCCAAAGGAACUCAAGUCGAGCUGCCGUCUUCCUGCAGCACUAUGACUCUGCCAUCCUCCAGGAGGACCUGGAGGCUGAGGAGGACCGGAGGGAGCCGGGAGGAGGAGUGGUGGCUGGGAUCAGCCUGGGAGAAGACGACGAAGAGGAAGAAGAGAUGAUGGUGUUUGAUAACAGCUCAGUGCAUUUUGAGCUUGACUUUGAGCCGCGGCUGAAACCGUCUGUGAUUGGAGGAGGUCCUGGAGGAGGAGGAGGAGUCAACGACAGCCAGGAUGUGUCGUUCAGCCCCGCCUCUAAAGGUAUGCAGCCGCUGCAGGACUCAGUGUCUGAGCUGGAGAUGAUGACCAGAGCAGUCUGGCCGCAGGACGAGUACAUCGUAGAGUAUUCCCUGGAGUACGGCUUCCUGCGGCUGUCGCAGAGCACCAGACAGAGGCUGAACAUCCCCGUCAUGGUCGUCACUCUGGAUCCCACCAAGGACGAGUGCUUCGGAGACGGCUUCAGUCGCUUCCUGCUGGACGAGUUCCUGGGAUACGACGACAUCUUGAUGUCGAGUGUGAAGGCGCUCGCUGAGAAUGAGGAGAACAAAGGCUUCCUAAGGAACGUGGUGUCUGGAGAACAUUACCGUUUUGUUAGCAUGUGGAUGGCGAGAACGUCGUACCUGGCUGCCUUUGUCAUCAUGGUCAUAUUUACGCUGUCUGUGUCCAUGCUGCUCAGAUACUCCCAUCACCAGAUCUUCGUCUUCAUCGUGGAUCUUCUUCAGAUGCUGGAGAUGAACAUGACCAUCGCCUUCCCAGCAGCCCCUCUGCUUACGGUCAUCCUGGCGCUGGUUGGCAUGGAGGCCAUAAUGUCGGAGUUCUUCAACGAUACGACCACAGCGUUCUACAUCAUCCUGAUCGUCUGGUUGGCUGACCAGUACGACGCCAUCUGCUGCCACACCAACACCAGCAAGCGCCACUGGCUGCGGUUCUUCUAUCUGUACCACUUUGCUUUCUACGCCUACCAUUACCGCUUCAACGGGCAGUACAGCAGCCUGGCUCUGGUCACCUCCUGGCUCUUCAUCCAGCACUCGAUGAUCUACUUCUUCCACCACUACGAGCUUCCUGCCAUCCUGCAGCAGAUCCGGAUCCAAGAGAUGCUUCUCCAGAAUCAGCAGGCGGGUCAGAACCAGACAGCUCUGCAGGAUAACCUCAACAACAACAACACUGCAGCCGCCGGUGCCGCCGCCGCCGCCGCUGCUGCUGCUGCUCCGGCACCAGCUGGAAGUAGCCAAUCAGGAGACGCUGGGAGUGAGCCUCUGCAGGCUGACGCCCUCCCAUCAUCAUCCUCGGCUGCAGCAGGCGGAGCGGGAGAGGUCAGAGCAGAGCUAAACUGGGUCGCUCAGACGGCAGCCAUCAUCACUGAGGCACUGAGCUCCUCCGUCGACUCAGGAGGAGGUGGUCAGGGAGCAGCAGGAGGUCAGGGAGCAGCAGGAGCAGAGAUUGGUGUGGAGUUCUGGGUGGGAGGAACGACAGAAACCGCAGCAUCAUCUUCAGCAGCAGCAGAUGGAGUUCCUGAAGCUGCUCCAUUGAUUGACAGGCCUGAAGCGGGCGGAGCUGAAGCCGCCCAGAGGGGCAGCAGGGGCCAUGAGGAGGAGGGGGGGCCCUCAGGUGUGUCCUCCCCUAACACUGCUUGCCCAGCCCCUCCCACAGACUGCCAGUCACCUGAGACGCAGCGACAGAGCUCCGCCGCCCUCGGUACGUCGUGAGCGUCCAGGUGAGCUCCUGCUGACAUCAUCAUGUCACCAUGACGACUAGAUGCUUCAGCUGAUCCGGCUGGUUGAUCGUUGAUCCGACAGACAAACAGUCUGAGCUGCACUUUACUCCAAUUAACUGAUUGAUCAAUUAACUAAUUAUAAAGUGAUCCGAGGGAAGCUCCCUCCUGACGGUCGCUAAGCUGAGCUCUGGUUCUUGUUCUGUUCUCUGUGACCCGUCUGCAAACCCAAAUGACGUAUUUCAGAUCAAACACUCGAUCAAUAGAAAUGAAACUGUCCCGGUUGCUGCUGAGUAAACCAGCAGAACCCCUCAGAGUGAUUAUUGAUCCGAGAUCGGUUCUGAUUCUGACAGACUGAAGCACGAAUAGAACUGCUUAAAUCUGCUUUUAUUAUGGAGGAAGAACAGGAAGCUGUUGUUGGACCGGUCGGCCAGGCGGAUCGCAGGCAGAGCGAGAUGAUCGGCUGUGCGUUGCUGCAUAGGCCCUGUCUCUAUUUGGAGGGCGUGGCCUCUUGUCAUGACGUGUUCAGGCCUCAUCUGGAAUGAAUUUGAAAAAUAAUCAGCAACAUCAGGCUAAAUCAUCUGCAUGAGCUCAGCUUUCAGAACCAGAACCAGUGAUCCAGAACCUUCCUGAUUCGGUAUUCUGAUUCUUCUGUUUCCAACAACUGUCCGGGAAGGAGAGCGGGGCCUGAACACCUGUUCCUGGGCGUGGGACUGUGGGCGGGGCUUGGGGUGGGCAGUGGUUCUUUUUGGUGCCUCUCUGCUGGAUGACUGUAGCCUGUUAGAACCUAUUUAAACCAGCAGAACCGGCAGCUGUGGGAGGUUUUACCUGCAGAAUGGGUCGGGCCUCCUGCAGACUGAGCAGGUAUCGCUGAUCAGAGCUGAGUCACCUGUAGGUCAAAAAUAAAACGUUGUGAAAACCUUU